GGGCAUUCCAGUGGGAGCUCGCUGAUCGGUCAGGAGUGUGCCUGUCAACCUUGAGCCGAGCCAUGCAAGCAUCGUGGAAUGCAAUUGUCUGAAUGUCAUCCAGGAUACUCUUCUGUGAGCUUUGAGAGCAGAGGACCCAUGCACCCUUAUCUUUGUGCAGCCAUACCAGCCCUGUACAUAUUUUGGAUCAACAUGGCCCACGUUGCCGGCCAAGAGGACAAAGAGAAAACCACAGCACUUAAAGAUCUUUUGUCAAGAAUAGACUUGGAUGAACUGAUGAAGAAAGAUGAGCCUCCUUUUACUUUUCCAAAGACACUGGAGGAGUUUGAAUAUGCAUUCACUGAAGAUGGUAAGCUCAGACAUACAAAGACUGGAGAACCCUUUGUGUUUAAUGCAAGAGAAGAUCUUCAUCGCUGGAACCAGAAACACUAUGAAGCCCUAGGAGAGAUCAUCACUCAGUAUGUUUAUGAACUGUUAGAGAAAAAGUGCAACAUGACUAAAGCAAUCCUGCCAGUGGAUGCUACAGAUGCUGAGCCAACUAGUUUUAUCUACCUGAGUGCAGAUGCCCUGUCCAACCCUUCCAAGCUGCUUGUACUGAUCCAAGGUAGUGGCGUGGUGCGGGCUGGUCAGUGGGCCCGCAGACUCAUCAUCAACCAGGACCUGGACUCAGGGACACAGAUUCCCUUCAUCACCAGAGCCAUGGAGGAUGGCUAUGGUGUGAUGGUCCUCAACCCCAAUGAGAACUACCUGGAGGUGGAGAAGCCAGCCAAGUCCUCUCCACUACCCUCUCAGCAAGAACCUUUGGAUGAACCUGGAAAGAGGGAACGCAAAGAUGACAAAGAGGGCAAGAAGAAAAGAUUCUAUGAGAAAUACCGCAACCCACAGAAGAUGGAGACUGAGCGAAUCCCUAUACGGGAAAAUGGUUCCUCCGAAGAACACGUGCUGUACGUGUGGGACCAUUUUGUGUCCAAAGCAGCCGCCAAGUAUGUCUUCAUCAUGGCCCACAGCUAUGGAGGCCUGUCUUUUGUUGAGCUGAUGAAUCAGAGGGAAGUGCAGGUGAAGAACAAAGUAUGUGCUGUGGCACUGACUGACUCAGCUCACAACAUCUGGCUACAGGAGACCAGCAGAGGGACACAGGACUGGAUGCAGCAGCAUUGCCGCAACUGGGUAUCGAGUCUGGAGCCUCUGGACACUCUUCUGCAUCCCAUGCUGCCUGACUGCCCCCGGGUCUCUGCAGGUACUGAGAGGCACGAGCUGACCUCCUGGAUGAGUUUCAACUCUAUCUUUGGGUUCUUCACUGAGCUCCUGGAGGCCAAAGAAGACGAGGAGGCGGAGGAGACUUCCAGUGCAGUCACCACGCGCAGCAGCUCGCUCAAAAACAAACAUCAAGAUUUGUAGAGGAGCAACAACGAGUUGGAAGAAGACACCGGGGAAAGAGUGGCAAAGGAUCAGAGAGGGAAACUGCAGAAAAGAGAAGGCCAGGGUUCUAGAUCCUUGUCUCUCUUUGAACUCCCUCCAUCUUUCCUCCCUGUCUGCUCUCCCUGAGGGUCAUCUCUCCCAUCCGGCCCUCUCUGGCUCCCUCCAUGCAUACACAGAGUGUUGUUGUUGUUGUUGUAAGAGAUGAGUACAGGGUCACCAUGUAUACAUCACAAUAACGUUUUGCAUUACUUCUAGAUGAGCGCAACUGUCAAAGCAAUAUGGCCCGAGUGUUAGCGCUUCCCGCGGGCUGCGGCCCGGCUGUGGGUACGAGCUCCGGCAGCAUAGAUUAAGGCUGACAGGCGCUGUGCACAAUGCUCUGUGGUGCACCUCUAAUUAUCCUGACAUCAGCCUGAACUGAGCUAAUACCCCGCCUGCCCUCCAUUCUGCACCGCUUCGUCUCUCCCGCCGCCCCCGUCAAUCCUAAAGUGUGCACGUUUUAUCCCUAAAUCAGCUCGCACUCUGUCUUCUGCUAAGGUUUGAUAUCAUUUCAGCUUGGCCCUUCCUUCUUAUUAUUUUUUUCAAGCCUUUGUCCAUCACAGAUAUUUUAAAAGAAGUGAACAGAAAUUGUUUUAAUUACUUUGCCGUUGUUUAGUUUUAAAGCAGGAUAUUGUUUUAUGGUUUUGUUUCAUUCAGGAUGUGGUGCGUGUCAGCUUUACAACUUGGCCACCUUUGUGUGGAAUGUGGUUCUGACCCAUGCCCUAUAAUUCUAGGCUGGGGUGUUUAUAAUAACAGGUUCUUUUUCUUUCAUUUUGAGUUACAUUUGAAUGCACUUCCUCAAACACUUUUUGCCUCAUUUGAAACCAUAAUUCUCUGAGCUGUCUUUACAUCUUUGUGUUUGAUUUGCAAAAACUCUGAAGAGUCUGUCUCUACAUUUAUUAUUAUUUUAAAAAAAUAAAGUUUCCACCAAUUUGAUAUCCUUGAAAUUGAUGUCUCUGUGUGAUUGAAUGUGAUAAAACAAAUAAAACAAAUACAACCUGUACUGAAUAUGGAGAAUUUAGGACGAUGAGCACAUUUAAAAUUGGUUAAAGUGGUGUGUUGAGGGAUAUCUCAUUUUAACAGGAGGCAGAAGUCAGCUCACAACACUCAUAAAGCCUCAAUAUAUCGCUUUACACAUGUCAGGAAAUCCACCGUUUCAAUAUUAUUCUAAGCCUGAAUGAUAUUUCUUUAGGUGGUCGUGAAAUAUAUCCAUUUUUUUCCCUGUUCUCCCUCCUUCCACCAAAGUAUACGACUCGUGCUUAGAAGUGACAAAGUCAGCUCCCUGCUAAAUCUUACUAUGUGACACAAACAUCAGCUUUUUUUUUUUCGCCCACAACGCUGCACGUUAUAAACCACUCGAGGCUUAAUCGAGUGCUUUCCUAAUGUGUAUUGACAUUUGCGAAAACUUGAACCGGAUACCUUAAAUACCUUCUUGCAUACUUUCUUCCUCUAAAUAAUUACCAUUGUUUAAGUUUUGCCCUGAAAUGCUUUUCUCUUCUGCCCGUUGUGCCAAUGGUUUAAAGCUUUUGCGGAUUAUCUUUCCUCCAUAAUGAGACAAGUGUGGCUGAUGGUUGCAGGCAUAAUUUACUUUUAAUUUGAUUCUCAUCUCUCCAGGUUUCAGCAAAGAAGUCUGCUUAUUAUUUGAUUGGAUGAGGUUCAUUUCACGAUACCAUUGCUCUUCUUUGCUACUCACUCAGUUCAUUUUUCACUCUAUAAUUUGUAUAUUGUUGCCUUAGGAAUAAACAAGACACUGCUCACUGUUUUUUAAUAAUAUCCAGCAAGCCAUAUGUGAGUGGAGAAGUACAAGCAGCCUAAAUCCAAAGCACAGUCUACAAAUAAAAGAAUGGUUUUAUCUAUUUCUUUUGGAAGUGUUUUUUUUUUUACUUUUCUUAUAUUUUAUUUUUUGCAGGUAUUCUACGAAACCUAUUUGGCCUUUUUUGAAGACUUUUAUAAACCAGCCUACAUUUUCCAUAUAGGCUUUUUUUUCUUACUUUAUUUUGAAUUUCUUUCAAAAUGUUUUUUGAAGUUACAGCAUCUUGCUCUCACUUUUACAUUGCUGCAGUUUUUGUAAUGACUGAAUAAAACUUUGCAAUGCAAAU